CAAUAAAUACUUAAAAAAAAAGGAUGGAUGGAUGUGUGUACUACUUAUGUACCCCUAUUGUCUCUCCAGACUUUGGACACCAAGCCUGUGUACACAGAGGAAGAGCUCCAGCGAUUUGAGGCUGAACUCAGGGACAAAGAGGAGGAGCUGAAGAGGAGGGCAGAGACUCUGCAUCAGGAGCAGGAGCUGCUAAAGGAGCGAGGCAAAGCCCUGGAGGCCCAGAGGAGAGAGUACCAGCAGGCAGUUUUAGAAAUGUCUCAGCGACAGAAAGAACAGCAGGCAGUGGACGGGCAGCCUCCUGCAGGUCCUAAUGGAGAACUACAGUUUCAGCCACAGACACAUAAAUCUGAAGAUAAAGAGGCAAAAGCUCCAGCUGAGCCCGAAGCUGAAGCCCAGAAUAAUCUGCCCGCAGAGCCCCCACAGAAUCUGCCUUUACACACCUAAUGUGCUCUGACAGCCUUAACACACACACAUACACACACACACACACACACACACAUGGUUUGAUUAGCACUGACACAGAUAUCCAGAUGGGUUCUGCAAACUGAAUUAUGUGAUCUGUGUGUAAAGGUUCAGGCAGACCGGCUUGUUUAUCGUGACAUACUGAGUGUUCAUUUCUGUGGUCUACAUUAGAUUAACGAUAUCAAAACACCCGGUAUUAGUACAUGUAUUCUCAGAAAUCUUCAGAUUCAGUGAAGCUGUCAGUCAUGCAGAAUCUGAAGUAUAAAAUCACAUCGUCAAAUAAAGUUUUAAUUUAAAAACCUC